AUGCAGAAGUGGAAGGAGUAUCAGCUCCAAUGCCUGAAAUACUUGUACGAGGCACCCCUCGUUGCGUCAGGCAAGUUCUGCAACCGGACUUUUGACAAUUAUGCCUGCUGGCCUGAUGGACUACCUGGCACCUACGUGAAUGUGAGCUGCCCCUGGUACCUCCCCUGGGCUAACACAGUGCCGCACGGGCAGGUUUACCGCUUCUGCACCCCAGAAGGCACGUGGCUGCUGCAGGAGAACUCGACCCUGCCGUGGAGGAACCUGUCCGAGUGCGAGCCCUCCGACCGGGUAAGGGAUGCACCAGAAGAACAGCUCCUGAAUUUGUCCAUCAUAUACACCAUUGGAUAUGCUCUUUCCUUCUCUGCCCUUGUAAUAGCAACUGCCAUUCUUCUUGGAUUCAGACAUCUGCACUGCACCAGGAAUUAUAUUCACCUGAACCUUUUCACCUCUUUUAUCCUCCGUGCCAUAUCUGUCUUCAUUAAGGACUCCGUGGUGAAAUGGAUGUACAGCACAGCUACACAAGAGCACCAGUGGGAAGGACUUAUCUCCUUCCAGGAAUCACUCAGCUGCCGUUUGGUCUUCGUGAUGAUGCAGUAUUGUGUGGCUGCAAACUACUACUGGCUGCUGGUGGAAGGCAUGUACCUAUACACACUGCUGGUACUUUCAGUCUUUUCUGAGCAGAGGAUUUUUCGGCUUUACCUCUGCAUUGGCUGGGGUGUGCCAAUGCUGUUUGUUAUCCUCUGGGGAAUUGUCAAGUACCUUUAUGAAGAUGAGGGUUGCUGGACCAGAAACUAUAAUAUGAAUUAUUGGUUGAUCAUCAGACUGCCUAUUCUAAUCGCCAUUGGGGUGAAUUUCCUGAUCUUCAUCAGAGUUAUAUGCAUCAUCAUCUCCAAGCUACAGGCAAAUCUGAUGUGCAAAACUGACAUAAAAUGCAGGCUGGCCAGAUCUACACUGACUCUGAUCCCACUGCUGGGGACCCAUGAGGUCAUCUUUGCCUUUAUUACUGAUGAGCAUGCCAGAGGGAUGCUGCGCUUUGUGAAGCUUUUUACUGAACUCUCCUUUGCUUCUUUCCAGGGGCUGAUGGUUGCAAUUCUCUACUGUUUCAUCAAUAAUGAGGUUCAGAUGGAGUUUCGGAAAAGCUGGGAGCGCUGGAGAUUGGAACAUUUAUAUGUCCAGAGGGACAGCAGUAUGAAACCACUGAAGUGUCCAGCCAACAGCAUCAGUAGUGGAGGCACGGUAGGCAGUAGUGUCUACGCUGCCACUUGUCAGGCCACAUUCAGCUAA